GACAGGCUUAAAUGGUGUAAGAAUGCACCAACAUCCUUUCAAUUAAUCUGAGCAAUAAAGCAUUUUUAUAGUUUGCUGGUAUUUUAGAUUAGCAAGUAACUAUAAAGUGACAUAGUAAAAUCUGCAGCAAAUAAAUAUUGCUUGAUAAAAAAUGAGACUUUUCAUGUUGUUUGUCGUCGUUGUGAUAGUGCAUGAUGCAUCGUGCUGGAUUUUUUGGCGACGUAGAAGACGACGACCUCGACGACGUUAUUGUCUUACACCUGGUUCUUGGUCGAGGUGGAGUUCUUGUACUCAUCAAUGUGGAAAUGCAGGAGUGCAGACACGAAUUAGAAAAUUAACUUACUCAAAAUGGAUAUACGGAAGCUGUCCACGUUAUAAUUUACGGCAAACAAGGCCAUGCAACAGAAAUAAUUGUUACAAUGGAGGAAGACCAACCUAUCGACAUUGUAGUUGUUCAAGUUGUUACACAGGAACGUGCUGUGAAAAACCACGUCGAAGAAAUUGUGUAGUCAGUCAAUGGUCCAGCUGGAGUUCUUGUAGUCAUCAAUGUGGUUAUGCAGGUUUACAGACACGAACAAGAAGAAAGAUUGUGAAAGAAAUUUGUGGCGGACGAUGUCCAUACAGAUUACACCAAAGAAGAGCAUGCAACAGAAAUAAAUGUCGCAAUGGAGGAAAACCAACCUAUGGUAGAUGUAUCUGUUCAAGCUGUUCGUCAGGAACAUGUUGCAACAUCAAAGCACCUCCAAGAAAUUGUGUAGUCAGUCCAUGGUCCAGCUGGAGUUCUUGUAGUCAUCAAUGUGGUUAUGCUGGUGUACAGACUCGAACAAGAAGAAAGAUUACAUCAGAAAGUUGUGGCGGACAUUGUUAUGAUUUACUCCAAAGAAGAGCAUGCAACAGAAAUAAGUGUCGCAAUGGAGGAAAACCAACCUAUGGUAGAUGCAUCUGUUCAAGCUGUUGGACAGGAACAUGUUGCAACAUAGCACGUCGAAGAAAUUGUCUUGUCAGCAGUUGGUCCAGUUGGAGUUCUUGUAAUCAUCAAUGUGGAAGUGCAGGUGUACAGAUACGAACAAGAUACAAGACUAGAACAGAAAGUUGUGGUGGAAGUUGUUCAUAUAGUUUUAAACAAUCGAAAGCAUGCAACAGAAAUAAAUGUUUGAAUGGAGGAAGAUCAACCUAUGGUAGAUGUAUCUGUUCAAGUUGUUGGACAGGAACAUGUUGCAACAUAGCACGUCGAAGAAAUUGUGUCCCAGGUCAAUGGUCUAGUUGGAGUUCUUGUAAUCAUCAAUGUGGAAAUGCAGGUGUACGGACACGAACAAGAGGAAAGAUUACAAUAGAAAGUUGUGGUGGAAGUUGUUCAUAUAGUUUUAGCCAAAUAAAAGUAUGCAACAGAAAUAAAUGUCAAAAUGGAGCAACACCAUCCUAUGGUAAAUGUAUUUGUAGAAGUGGUUGGAAAGGGACAUGCUGCGACAUUAAAGCUGGAGUUUGUGAUCACGGUCCUUGCAAAAAUGGGGGCUCAUGUCUUGUUGAUGGCAGUUCAUACAAAUGUAUUUGUCUUCCAGACUUCAUUGGUGUUCACUGUGAGAAGGUCGUUCCAAAUCCUUGCAAGCCAAAUCCAUGUAAAAACGGUGGACAAUGCAACGUAUUGGGUAAUAUUUACACCUGUAAAUGCAAGCCUACGUUUGGUGGUAACAACUGCGAACAUUCUCAAACUAUAUGUUCUGCUUCUGGUGAUCCUCAUUACACCUCAUUUGAUGGCAAAAGAUUUGAUUUUAUGGGAGAUUGCGAAUACGAGUUUGCAAAAGACUGCAGCAAAAAUAAACUUUUUACUGUCCAUACUAAAAAUGUUGCUUGUGGAUGGCGUGUUACUUGUACAGCGGCCGUUGAUAUCAUUAUAGCUGGAUACUUCAUUCAGCUGACACGUGAGCGUGGUACAGCAGCCGUAAAUGGAGUUAAGCAGACAAAAUUCCCAAUAAGCAGUCCCGGAUUCACAAUCACGAAUCCCAGUAGGAGCUGGCUGGUUUUAACCACAGACAUCGGAAUGUCAGUGAAUUGGAACUUUUGGUCAGAAGUAAAGGUGACAAUUUCUGGAAAAUACAAGGGAAUGAUUUGCAACACAUCUCUAUGUGGCAACAACAAUGGUCGUCAAGACGACGACCAUCUCUACAGUAGAGAAUGUGCCCAACCACCAACGCUAUGUAUCCCUGAUUCUAAGAAAAGAGCUAUAAUUGAUAAAUGUCACUUGAUGAACGAUCGUUCGUCACCAUUCCAUGGAGCAUGCAACCGUUAUUUUGAUCCUGCAAAUUUGAUCAGUAAUUGUAAAUAUGACGCAUGUCGCUGCACCGAUCCAAUGAAAUGUGUUUGUAACGCUUUUGCUGCUUACAGUAAACUUUGUGUUGAAUAUGGUGGUCUUAUUGACUGGAGAUUUAAGGGAACUUACUUAUAUCCAAAACUCAAGGAAUGUGAACAAACAUGUAGCAACAAAGGAGAAAUUUUCACCGAAUGCGGAUCUGCUUGUGCAAAAACAUGUCGUGAUAUAUCACGUGGUCUAAACUGCAGUGAAACCUGCAUUCCCGGAUGUCAUUGUCCCAAAGGAUCUUACUUGGAUGACAAGAAUCAUUGUGUUCCUGUGAAGAAAUGCCCAUGCUUCUUUGAAGGAAAGUAUUAUAAAGCUGGCGAAAAUGUCAAAGUUGGACGAUGUAAAACCUGUACAUGCAAUAUGGGAGCUAUGGCUUGUGUCGAAGACCGAGAUUGUUCCACUAAAGGUCCUUGUGAGUCUUUCCCAUGUAAAAAUGAUGGUGUUUGUAUCGAGAAAGGAAAUAAUUUUACUUGUAAUUGUACCAAAGAAUAUCAAGGAGAAACAUGUGAAGAGUUAAAACCAAAACCUUGCGACUCACGUCCUUGUAAGAACAAAGGUAUUUGUACAAAUAUGGGAGAUUCAUUCUCGUGUGAAUGUGCUGAUGGUUUUAAAGGAAAAACUUGUGGAGUUGGAGUUUGUGAUGAUUCUCCUUGUAAAAAUGGUGGCUCGUGUCUUGUUGAUGGCAAUUCAUACAAAUGUAUUUGUCUUCCUGACUUCAUCGGUAUUCACUGUGAAAAGGAGGUUCCCAAUCCUUGCAAGCCAAAUCCAUGCAAAAAUGGUGGACAAUGCAACGUAUUGGGCAACAUCCACACCUGUAAAUGCAAGCCUACGUUUGGUGGUGACAACUGCGAACAUUCUCAAACAACAUGUUCUGCGUCUGGUGAUCCUCAUUACACCUCGUUUGAUGGCAAAAGAUUUGAUUUCAUGGGAGAUUGUGAAUACGAGUUUGCAAAAGACUGCAGUAAAAACAAACUUUUUACUGUCCUUACAAAAAAUUUGCGUUGUGGACAGCGCGUGACCUGUACAGCGGCUGUUAAGAUUAUUAUAGCUGGAUACUUCAUUCAGCUGACACGUGAGCGUGGAACAGUAGUUGUAAAUGGAAUUAAGCUGACGAAAUUCCCAAUAAUCCGUCCAGGAUUCAAGAUCACCAAUCCCAGUUGGAGAUGGCUGAUUAUUACCGCAGAUAUUGGAAUGACAGUGAGUUGGAACUUCGGGUCGUACGUAAAAGUCACCGUUUCUGGAAAAUACAAGGGAAUGAUUUGCAACACAUCUUUAUGUGGCAACAACAAUGGUCGUCAAGACGACGACCAUCACUACAGUAGAAAAUGUGCUCCACCCCCAAUACCAUGCAUCCCUGAUUCUAAAAAGAAAGCUGUGAUUGAUAAAUGUCACUUGAUGAACGAUCGUUCGUCACCAUUCCACGGAGCAUGCAACCGUUAUUUUGAUCCUGCUAAUUUGAUCAGUAAUUGUAAAUAUGACGCAUGUCGCUGCACCGAUCCAAUGAAAUGUGUUUGUAACGCUUUUGCUGCUUACAGUAAACUUUGUGUUGAAUAUGGUGGUCUUAUUGACUGGAGAUUUAAGGGGACUUAUUUGUAUCCAAAACUCAAAGAAUGUGAACAAACAUGCAAGAACAAAGAGGAAAUUUUCACAGAAUGUGGAUCUGCAUGUGCAAAAACAUGUCGAGAUAUAUCACGUGGUUUAAAAUGCAGUGAAACCUGUAUUCCAGGAUGUCAUUGUCCCAAAGGAUCUUACUUGGACGACAAGAAUCAUUGUGUUCCUAUGAAGAACUGCUCAUGUUUCUUUGAAGGAAAGUAUUAUAAAGCAGGCGAAAAUCUCAAAGUUGGACGAUGUAAAACCUGUACGUGUAAUAUGGGAGCUAUGGCGUGUGUUGAGGAUCGAAACUGUUCUUCUAAAGGUCCUUGUGAGUCUUUCCCAUGUAAAAAUGAUGGUGCUUGUAUUGAGGAAGGAAAUAGUUUCACUUGUAUUUGUACCAAAGAAUAUCAAGGCAAAACAUGUGAAGAUUUAAGACCAACACCGUGUGACUCGAGUCCUUGUAAAAACAACGGUACUUGUACAAACAAAGGAGAUAACUUCACGUGUGAAUGUGCUGAUGGUUUUGAAGGCAAAACUUGUGAAGUUAUGAACGUUUGUGCCAAAGAACCAUGUAAGAAUGACGGUGUUUGUACAAGCAAUGGAUCUUCUUAUCAAUGUGAUUGUAAAUUUGGUUUCAUCGGAAACAAUUGCCAGGACAUAGAUGCUUGUGCUGAAGGACCAUGUAAAAAUGAUGGUAAUUGUACAAGUGUUGGAUCUUCUUAUAAAUGUAAAUGUAAAUCUGGUUUCAAUGGAAAGAAUUGUGAGGCCAUCACUAAAUCGGCCUGCGUAAACGCGAAUUGGUGGCUUUCUUUCAACAAACAAGGAUGGUCCACAUGUAAGACCACAGACACAUUUAUUACUGGUUUAUAUCGCAGCAGCUAUAUCAGUUAUGAUGGAAUUUUCCGUCUUGACGAAGCGAAAUGCUGCACAUCGGGGCCAAAAUAUACUGCACAGAAAGGUAUUUGUCAAAAUGCCGACUGGGGAACAUCUUUCGACACAGGAGGCAAAUGGAGUGUUUGUCCAAAGGGAUAUUUUCUAAAUGGUCUCUAUCGUUCAAGUGGUCACAAAUUACAAAAUAUAGAACAGGCAAAAUGCUGCAAGCCAGUCAAUCACCCCAACAAAUAUGGUAAUUGUCGUUAUCGUUUUAUCAGAUAUUCUUUUAAUAAGAAAGGUUGGACGACGUGUAAUGAUCAUGAAAAGGGGUUCUACCUCACUGGAUUCAGAAGAGAUUAUCAUGGACAUUGGCUUCACAACAUUGACUUUUUCAAAUGUUGUAAAAUGUGGACUGGUUGAGGCUCUUUGUUUCCACUCAAUCAAAAUGAACGUUUUCAUCGUAGAAGAAAAGUGUUUGCUGUAAUUAAGAUAGAAAGUAUUUGAUUAGUUAUUUGCUUAGUAUUUUGUUCAGUAAAAGUUUGAAGAAAAAAGGGAUGUGGUUAUUUUUAAUCUGUUAUGGCCACUGAUCUCACGAACUGUUUAAAACCUAGGUUUUAAUAAGGGCACUGAAUUGUUUCAUAACUCUUUGAAUAUAUGAAGGCAUUCGCAAUAA